AUGAACCUAAAACCACCACAACAAGCAUCACCGACUCGAACCACUCUCGCUACUAACCAACCCUAGUUUCCUUUUUUACGCAACGUUCUUGCCGUAUUGUUUUUUACAACCACGAGCCAUCAGUUAGCCAACGUGGUUAUGACACCUGGACUUGGUCAGUCCUCUCAUUUUCUUAUUUUUCCUCCGUUGUCUCAUCAUCUGAAUGUAAUUUUUUUUUUAAAUAAAAAUAAAUUUAAAUUCCGCUUUCUCUCUCUUACCCGCUCCACAUCGCUUGGCCGCCGCCGUCCGCCGUCGCUGUCCACCACCAGGUUUCAAAAUCCCUUCGUCGCAAGUCGACCUCCAUUACCCAAUUUAUGUUAUUUAAGAGAGUUGAGAGUGUGCAUAUUGGAGCUGAAAGGUAGAACGGAGGUUUUGUAUAGUAGGGAGCUUAAGGUGUAGUAAUAAUUAUAACAGAAGACACAUCAGAUCUAUCAUCAAUGUCAGAAGGUAAUUUGGCCGUCAUGAAACCAGAGACGAUGAAGUCCUACAUAUGGCUUCAAACUGCUGAUGGCUCAAUCCAGCAAGUAGAACAAGAGGUUGCAAUGUUCUGUCCCAUGAUAUGUCAAGAGGUAAUACAGAAGGGUGUUGGAUCUUCUAAGAAUCAUGCAAUAUCGCUUCCACAACGAGUUAACCCAGCUAUGUUCAGCUUGGUUCUUGAUUAUUGCAGAUUUCAUCAAAUGCCUGGACGUUCAAACAAGGAACGGAAAACUUAUGAUGAAAGAUUCAUCCGAAUGGAUACAAAGAGGCUCUGUGAGUUAACAUCAGCCGCUGACAGUUUGCAGCUGAAGCCUUUGGUUGAUCUUACUAGUCGUGCACUUGCACGAAUCAUUGAAGGAAAAACCCCUGAAGAGAUACGAGAAAUAUUUCAUUUGCCUGAUGACCUUACUGAGGAGGAGAAAUUAGAGCCUCUGAAGAACACGAUGGAUGAUCCACGGAUUCGACUACUGAAUAGAUUGUACGCAAAGAAGAGAAAGGAGCUGAAAGAAAGAGAGAGAUUGAAGAAUGUUGAGGUUGAAGAACAUGUGGAUGAACGUUCUGUGGAUGACCUGUUAUCAUUUAUUAACAGCAGAGAUCCCAAGGUGGUAAAGAAAAAGAAGAAGAAGAAAAAGAAGAUUGUUUCUUCAAAUGACAUUCAUGAUAAGGAAUCACAUGAUCUUCAUUCCAAACAACAAUGUGUUGUAAAGACCGGGUCCAGCAUGAGAGAGGUACCCAACUUACCUAGUGCAGAAGAUGACAUUUCUACACCAAAGGCCAGGUCUGAAGAUGAAGACGAUGAAAUCGAUCCAGCCAUGAGGGAAAUGCUUGAUAGAGAGGUAGAGGAUUUUGCUCAAAGACUGAACUCCAAUUGGGUUCGGUCGCUAGGACAAGAAAGAAGGCCUGUACACUUCUCCAUAAAUGGCAACGGGACUACAAGACGGCAUACAGGUUUUAGACAUACUCUAGAUGACUGACGGGGUUAUGGUUUGAACUUAAAGGUCAAUCUCCAUGACACAAUUGAAGCUGAAAAUGAAACAGUUUUGGUUAUGUAUGUGAGCAAAUAGAGAGAGAGAAUGGUUCACUAGUCACCACCGGCGGUUGAUGCGUGUCCUCAUGUAACAGUUUUGAUUUUGAAUGUUUAACAUUCUAGUGAUCCGUCCUUUUCUUUGUAAAACCACGUGUAAGUUAUUUUAGUUGUUAGAAUUCUACGUUAAGUUAUUUUGUUUUAGCAUCAGAAAUUUAUCAUAGACACACUCUCUUGUAUCACACUAUUGCGAGUGUAAUAAAUGGUUUAAGUUCCUUA